AUGGCUCGCAAAUUCUUUGUCGGCGGUAACUUCAAGAUGAACGGCACCCAAAAGUCCAUUGCCGACAUCAUCAGCAACCUCAACAACGCCAAUCUUGACCCCAACACCGAAGUCGUCCUGUCCCCUCCCGCUCUCUACCUCCUCCUCACCCGCAGCCAAGCCGACCCCAAAUUCGGCGUCGCGGCGCAGAAUGUGUUUGAUAAGCCCAUGGGAGCGUAUACUGGUGAAUUGAGCGUAGAGCAGCUGCACGACUGCGGUGUUUCGUGGGCCUUGGUCGGCCACAGUGAGCGGAGAGUGAUCUUGAAGGAGGAUGAUGAUUUCGCUGCACGUAAGACCAAGGCUGCUAUUGACGGCGGGUUGGGCGUUAUCCUCUGUGUUGGCGAAACUCUCGAGGAGCGCGAAUCCGGCAAAACCGUCGACGUCGUGACCAGACAGCUGGGUGCUGUGGCUUCCAGACUCAGUGUUCAAGACUGGGCCAAGGUUGUUAUUGCCUACGAGCCCGUGUGGGCUAUUGGAACGGGCAAGGUUGCCACCACCGAGCAAGCCCAAGAAGUCCAUGCUGCGCUCCGCAAGUUCGUCGCGGACAGCAUCUCGCCCAGUGUUGCUGAGAACAUCCGUAUCAUCUACGGAGGCAGCGUUAACGACAAAAACUGCCAAGAGCUCGCGAAGCAACCCGAUGUGGAUGGGUUUUUGGUGGGCGGUGCCAGUUUGAAGCCAGCCUUCGUUGAUAUCAUCAAUGCUCGUCUAUGA